CCUUCCCGCCCCUCCCCACUAUUUAACAUCCCGCAAUCACCAACCAAACUCAUCACAAACACCUCAACUCAAAGUUUACAGAACGAGAAAAAUCCAUCAUGUCUGCCCGCGCCCCAUCAAACCCCGACCCUCCAAAAACCGGACCAAAUGACUCAAUCAUCACCAAGAUCUAUGAGGGAGAAGCUCCAGACACGACGGACACUAAUAUCCGCUGGGCUGCCUAUGCAAACCGCAUUCGGACGAUCGUGCGUUCGACCCACAGAUAUGUGGCCUACACCUCCGACAUUGGCGAGUCAUUCCGUCCCGUGACGUACAAGAACGUAGUACGUGCAGCCUACGGGGUCUCUUGGGCGUACUUGACCGGGGACGUCAUGAACGAGGGGUACAAAGCCUACCUAGCGAACCAGGCGACUCUACGCGGGGGAUUGAAAGUGACGGACGUACCGGACGAGGAUGCAGGGUAUGCAAAAGUGGAGUUGCACCCGAAGGGCAAUGUGCCGUUUUUAGAGGAUUACAGGACCGUGAUGGCUCAGCGUGCAGUAUUCCAGAGUCUGGCGAGUAUGGCUCUGCCGGCUUUUACUAUUCAUUCGGUCGUGCGCUACUCUGGCCGUGCCCUGAGAAAUCACAUGAAUCCUAUGAUCAGGACUUGGGGUCCUGUUGGACUGGGCCUUGCAAUUAUCCCCGCGCUUCCUUAUAUCUUUGAUCACCCAGUUGAGCAUGCGGUUGAAUGGGUGUUUGAGAAAGGAUAUCAUGCGGCGACGGGCCGUAGUGGGGUUUCAAAGAAGGAGAAGGAGCUGUAGAAGCAGCAUUUACAGUGAUGAAGGAAUGGAAGGAUGGAUCGGGUUGAUAGAUCUCUACUCUUGAUUUUGGCA